CUUCAAUUUGGAGGUACGUCAUCAGAAAGACGGACGUGUAUUGAAAAACAACAACAUUCAUGGAAAAGACAGUUUACUUAAAUUACUUGUACUAAAGUGUUAGUGUAAUAAUGGAGUGAAAGAAAAUUGAAUAAAUUUUAUUACUCUUUUUUGAAUUUAUUUAUCUUAAUAUCACAAAAAUGGCCGUAUUUUUUCAAAUUAGAUCUAGUUCCUGGUUCAAAAUUUAUAUAUUUUUGUGCUUAUAUACCUGUAUAAAAAGUGAACAUUAUUUGAACAAAUUUGCUGUUCACAUAGAAGGCGGGGAGCGAGUAGCAAGAGAUGUUGCACAGCUACAUGGAUUUAGACAUUUAGGACAGAUCGGCACACUUGAAGAUCAUUAUUUGUUUGAACAUGAACAUGUUCACCGUAGAUCUGCAGAAAGGAGUGAGGAACACCAUCAAAAACUGUCAUCACACCCUCAGGUAAACUGGUUUGAACAACAAACAUUAUUGACCAGAAAAAAGAGAGACUUUCUUCCGAUCAAGGUUGACACUUCCGAACUUUUGAAAUCCAAUCAUGUACAUAGAAACCGACGUGAAGUGAACCGGCAGGACGUAACAUUUAAUGAUGAGUUGUACAGCAAAAUGUGGUACUUUAAUGGAGGCGGGUUGAACCACACAGAUAUGAAUGUAAAAGGGGCGUGGGCUAAAGGCGUCACUGGAAAGGAUGUUGUCAUAACAAUUUUAGACGAUGGUUUGGAGAGAACACACGAUGACCUCAAAGAUAACUAUGAUCCCUAUGCAAGUUAUGAUGUCAAUGGACAUAAACCAGAUCCUAUGCCUAGAUAUGACUACACAAAUGAGAACAGACAUGGAACCAGAUGUGCUGGGGAGGUUUCUGCCAAGGCAAACAAUACAAAAUGUGUGGUGGGCGUGGCUUAUAACUCUAAAAUUGGAGGUGUUCGUAUGUUAGAUGGUGAUGUGUACGAUGCCGUCGAAGCAACGUCUCUCAGUCAUAAUCGUAGUCACAUUGAUAUUUACUCUGCCAGCUGGGGACCGGACGACGACGGUCGAGUGGUCGACGGACCGGGACAGCUGGCAAAAAAGGCGUUCAUGGAUGGAGUUAGAUUGGGACGGAAUGGGAAAGGAUCUAUAUUUGUGUGGGCGUCGGGAAACGGUGGCAACCAGAAAGAUAGUUGUAACUGUGACGGUUACACAAAUAGUAUAUUUACCCUGUCAAUUAGUAGUAUAUCGCAACAAGGCAAGAAGCCAUGGUACCUGGAGGAGUGUUCCUCGACACUCGCCACCACGUACAGUAGCGGAACUUACAGCGAGAAACAGAUUGUUACCGUUGAUCUUCACAACAAGUGCACAGAGACUCAUACAGGAACCUCAGCAUCGGCACCACUGGCAGCUGGUAUCAUUGCCCUCAUAUUAGAAGUCAAUCCAUCACUGACAUGGAGAGAUGUGCAGUAUAUAACGCUGAUGACCGCCAGACCCUUGCCUGAUGGUCAAUGGGUGACGAAUGGAGUGGGCAGACAAGUGAGUUUGAGAUAUGGGUAUGGUUUAAUGGAUGCUACAGCUAUGGUUGAGUUGGCAGAGAAAUGGACUGUAGUGCCUACACAACAUAUCUGUGAGGUACAGUCAGGGAGGGUCAGUGUGGAAAAGAACAAAAUCACAAUUCCUGACUCGGGAUACGAGGAGAUGUUGGACACGGACGCAUGUGCCGGAAACACCAACGAAAUUAACUUUCUCGAGCAUGUACAAGCUAAAAUAACUUUGAAAAGUAAGCGUCGUGGAGACAUUGUCAUUCAUCUGACCUCACCAUCUGGCACGAGAUCAACUAUUCUGCCACAGAGACCAAAUGAUGGAGACAGAGUGAAAGGUUUCAAUAAUUGGCAGUUCUUGUCUGUGCAUUUCUGGGGGGAGAAUCCUGUUGGCCGAUGGAAACUAGAAAUAGAGGUACAGAAAAACAGCCGUGGCUACAUCGGUGGAAGUAGUUAUUCCGGUUUACAAUCUACCAAUGACCUGAUUGACUGGAAUUUGAGUCUGUAUGGAACAGAGGAGAAUCCUGUGAACCUAGUGAACCCGACGCCUCCUACUGGCCCAACUAAACCAGUUUCCCCAACAACAAAGGGGCCCUUACCCACGGAAGCUGUCACGGAAAAGCAGCCAUGCCACAGCCAGUGUUUGAAUGGUUGUUCCGGUCCUGGUGCACAACAGUGUACUGCUUGCAAAAACUACCAAAUUCAGGAUUCUGGGAUGUGUGUUGAAUCUUGUCCGAAUGAGUACUAUGCAGAUAUCUAUCAGUGCAAGCAUUGCAGCGACCCCUGUGAAACCUGUACAUAUGUCUCCACAAAGCAGGUGAUGUGUCUGAAAUGUAAGCCUGGCUACCUACUGAUUGAGGGCAAGGGAACCUGCGAGAAAGCUUGUGAUAAAGGUUACUAUAAAGAUGAUAAAAUGCAUCAUUGUCGUGUAUGUAGUGGCGUGUGCGACGAAUGUCUUGACAAUAAGAAUAAAUGUACAGCGUGUAGGAGUGGCCAGGUGCUAGAGAAAGAUACAUGUGUACCAGAAAGGGAGCCCUGUCCAGCAGGGACUUUCCAGUCACUAGGAGGAUGUAAGACUUGUCCAGAAGGAUGUUUUAGCUGUACAAGCUAUUCAAACUGCACAUGUUGUAAUAAAGGGAGUUAUUUACAGAAUGGAAGUUGUGUACAUAGCUGUGAUAGUGGAUUCCAACCUCUACAUGUAAACUACAGCUCAAUGUUUGUCUUUCAACAAUGCCAGCAGUGUGGAAAUGAAUGCAAUGUCUGUCCGGCUGGAUUUAAGUACAUCAAAGGUGUAUGCAUACAACAAAACAAUUGUCCGGAUGGGACAUACUUCCAGUGGAACUCUAUGUCAUGUAAGAAAUGCAACACAAGUUGUCGGGCUUGUAUAGGACCGAGUAACACAGACUGUUUAUCAUGCUAUCCACCAUCGGGAUACAAUAAUUUAUUACGUAAAUGUAUGAGAUGUUGCUCAGAAAACGAACAUAACUCCAAAUAUAAAGACUGCUGUCAUUGUAUAGAAGAUGGUAAAUGUGAGAUAAAGUCUCGACCACGAUUGCAAGCUGAACAGUUGUACAGUGUGGCAACAGUUAUUAUAGUUCUUCUUGUGAUUGUUAUAUGUGCUUUAGCUAUCUUUGCUGUCGUAGCCAUUGUAAUAAGCUGCCGAAAACAAAAAGACCAUCCAGAUGUUCAAUAUAGACAAUUAAGAAAUAAUGAAAAUGAGUUUGAAAAUGAUACUGAGGAGGCAUGAUAAACAGCCAUCUGUAGCUUAUAUCAAGUGUGAUAAACACAAAAUUAAAAUUUUAGUAUAGUGAUAAACAUUGUCUUUAUGACAUAAUAAAGUGAUAAACAUUGUGUUUAGUUACAACAAGGCAAUAAACACUUCUUUAUCUCUCCAAAAAGUGAAGCACAACAAAAACGUGAUAAACAUGCAUUCAGUGUUAAAUGAAAAUGAUAAACAUACAUUCUAUGUCAUAAACAUGUGUUUAUGUUCUAACUUAGUGAUAAACAUGUAUUUAGUGUUUUUUUCAAGAUAAAGAUAAACAUGCUUUAAUGUAAAAUAUGCAUAGAUUUUGUAUUAUUACAAAGAUUGCCAAACUUAAUUGUGCCACAUCUUACUAACAAUUAUUAAAAGUGCUAUGGAAGAUGCUAAGGUAAAUCAGGAUGAUAUUUGGUUUAUACAGAAUUUAUUUUAGUUUGAUUGUGUAGGAAGCUAUAUGCUUAUAGACACACUUUCGAAUCCGUUCCUGGAACCAACCAGUACUGAGCAAUGAGUGUAAAGUUUCUUGCUCAAGGAAACAACGACUUGCCCCUGACGGGGGUUGAACCCAUGGAUGAUAUUUAUGUCUGUUUACUAAGCUAGAUCAACAUAAUGGUCAUUCAAUUUGUCUGUUAACCAAGCUAGUCCAGGUUGGCCAUUAGGUCUGUUAACCAAACUACUCCAGGUUGACCAUUAGGUCUGUUAACCAAGCUAGUCCAGGUUGACCAUUAGGUCUGUUAACCAAACUAGUCCAGGUUGACCGUUAGGUCUGUUAACCAAGCUAGACAGGUUUGACAAUUACGCCUGUUAACUAAAGCAUGUCAUGGUGAAGUUCAUUCAUUAGGUCUGUUAACCAAGCUAGGACAAGGUGAUGGUCAUUGAUUUGGUCUGUUAACCAAGCUAGGUCAGGGUCAUGGCCAUGUGUUUGGUCCAAUUACAAGCUAGGUCAGAUUGAAGUUAUUCAUUAGGUCUGUUGGUUAAUUAAGUAAUGUCAGGAUGAUCGUCAGUCACUGUUCUAAGAAAUAUCUAAACUAAAGUUUUUUGACAAAUGAUAAUUCGGUAUAAGGCAACUGCUUUUGAUGUAAAUCAAAUUGUGGCCAUGUUGCAAAGGAGUGCUUGUUUGGAAUUAAAGGCUUUAAAUGUUCACUGUAACACAUUCAUAAUUGUUCAUAUGUGCUAAACACUUAAGAUUUGCAAAAGAUAAGUAUGGUUAAUUACCUAGAAUUAUACUGAUUUAAUCAAAUAAAUCAAAGAAAUUGAGCAGGUAUAUCUUCUCUGCAGAGGCUGAAAAAAGACAAUAACUAAAUAAAAUCAUUUAUCAUUUUGUUGUCAUCAUAAUUAAUUGCCAAAGUACCAUUUAUUUUUUAUCAAAAUAACUUUUCUUGGAAAAUUGUUAAAGUACUUAAAAGCAAGUUGUACAUUUCUUUAGAAAUUUUCUUUUACUGACUUUCACUUAAAAAGUGUUAAGAUUUCGUACGUUUCAAUGACUAGUCAGGGAAGACUAGUUCAAAUGUUAAUCUACAAAUAAUCAUCAACAGUUUGUGUAUUUUCAGUAUCUGAAAACUUGAAAUCAAAUCAUUAGAUAAAACAAGUGGCUUUUAAAAUUGUAAAAACUUUACUGUAUGUUUCCGUUAUCAUAUCAUAAUUAUUAUGUAAAGAAGCUUGAGGAACAAACAUUUUAUGUUGAAUAAACUGAACUUUCUAAUGAUCAAAUGUGGGAUAUGUGAAAUAUUUCACCAGAAUUCUCUUUAUUUGACAGUGAGUUUGUUGUAUUAUAAUUUAUGCUUGCAUUUUGUAUGUACUGUUUCAAAUGUUAGACAUUUUGAUUUGUAUUAGUAAAGCAAUUUUCAUGAAGGCUUAUAAAUAGGACUUGAUUUGCAUUUAGAUGUAUGAUUUAUGUAGCUUAAAAUUGCUGCUUUCUUGGAAUUAUAAUAUUGUAUUUUAGUUUUUUUUGGUAUUUUACGGUUUCGUGGAUUAAAUGAAGAAUCUAGUCUUUUACCUUUGAAGUUGAGUUUCCUGAUUAUGAAAUUGCAACUGCCCAUUGUUUUUUGAAGGGGUUUUGAUUUUAAAUCGUCAAAAAGAAUAAACUGAAUAAAUUCUGGUCAUACUUAUCGAAUGUGUUGAUAUGCUUUUCUGCAAACUGUAAAAUCAACUAUUUUUCCAGGCAAACAUUUCGCAAUAAAGUAAUCACAAACUUUUUCUGAUAAUGCAUAUAUACAAAUGGUGAGAAAAACAAUAAAGUGUUACUUGCAUGUAAUAUCUAAUAUUGAACUACACAAUUUUUAGAAAUAUUUGGAUGAGCACAAAGCUAGAGAAUGCAUAUUUUACAAGCCACCAGGCCAGUCCCAUAUGACUUUCUCAUCUUUGUAGGAGACAAAAGUUAAAUCUAGAGUUAGCAAUUGGAUAAAAAUAAUUGGUAGAGAAUAGUUAUAUUUUGUAAAUAUUGUGCAUUCAAGUCAAAAACAUACAAAGUUCAAUGUUAAGUACAAUAUGAAUGUAUAUCGUAGGUUAAAUUUCACAGAAUGUAAACCAGAAUUUCAUGUUGAUCGAAAUGGUUUUCCGAAGCAAAGAAUAGGAAAGGGGAGUGAUGUUUAGUUAUUGUUUAGUGUACAUUAACUGUACAUAAUUAUGUCAUUUUCAUAUUAACAUUCAUUUUUCGUUUUAUAAGAAAGAGAAGUUUAAGGGAUAAAAAUAACUUCAAUAUAUCUUUUAAUUAAACUGUGAUCUCAUUUUGAACAAAGUGUUAAAUAAUUAUAAUAUUGAAUUUUCAAACAAUACAGAAAAUAAUGUUCCACUUAUCCACAGUUGACUACAAAAA